AUGCGUAGUGCCCCGACCUAUAGGCUGGAUCUCUACGCGAUCAGCCGACGGCAGAGACAACCUGGCGCCCUACAGGUGAGCAAACACAGCCGCUCCCAGCUAGCGACCGCUGACAACUCAACCCCGACGACACCCCAUCCCAGCCAGUUCAACAACCUCACCUUCGACCCCCCCUACGUGAUGUUCGCGGCCAACCAGACCGCCGCCCACGCCCGCAAGGACACCGUCGUCAACGCCGAGGCGACGGGCUCCUUCGCCUGGAACAUCUGCACGUGGCACCUCCGCGCAGCCAUGAACGCCACCUCGGAGCAGGUGGCCCCCGGCGAGGACGAGUUCGCCCGAGCGGGCAUCGCCAAGACGGCCUCGACGGUCCUGCCGCAUGCCGUGCCGAUGGUGGCCGAGUCCCCGAUCCGCUUCGAGUGCGCCUACCACUCCACCGUCCGCCUGCCCGGCAACCCGCCCAUGGGCACCGUCGACAUCAUCAUCGGCCGCGUCGUGGGCGUCCACAUUGCGGACCGGGUGCUGACCGACGGGAUGGUGGAUCUGGGGAAGGUGCUGCCGGUCGCGAGAUGUGGCUAUUAUUCGUAUGCGGUGGUGCGGGAGACCUUUGAGAUGGUGCCUCCGGGGAAUGGGAAGAUGGCUUACGGCCUGGAGGGCAGCGCUGCGAGUAAUGCACGAGAGCAGCGUGAGAGGACCGAGAAGCAGAGGAGUGAGCUUGAGAACGACGAAGACAAAAGAACUUGA